AUCUCCAUCGCAUUCUCUUUCUGUUUCGUCGGAAUACGCUUGAGGCAGUGAAGAUCAUGGAAGACUACUUGCUUUGCAUGAAAGCUUUUCGAUCUCAUAUGAACGAGGUGGAGGAUCAAGCGGCCAAGAUCUCAGUUGACGAGCAGAUGCGAAUUACUACCGUCCAGACUCUUGAGAAAGACCUCGAUUUAGCAUAUUCUGAUAUAAAGCGAAUCAAAAUGGAAACUGAUCAGCUGGUGAAAGCCAAGGGACAGAUUUGUUCCCAUAUUUUGGAAAAAAAGAGAACACUUUCCUCCUUAGAAUCUGACUCAUCCAUGCUUUCCCAGACUCUUGAGCUUGUUCAACAAGAACGAAACAGCUUGUCAGCCAAACUUGUGGAGAAAAGCACUUACUAUACUAACACCGAGGAGGAUAUCAAUGCCAAGUUACAUGAUCAACAGAUGAUGAGCAAAAAUAGCCAGGGAACAGAUGAAACUGGAGGUAUGACUGGUACAGUAAAUAUCCUAAUGUUUGAUAUUUUUCGUGCAAAGAUUGCUUCUGAACUUUUUUCUCCACAUAUGGUUAGAUUGGUGAUUUUCUGCAUGUGGAAAGAUCAAGACCAUCUUCUGACCAAUAGGAUAACUGACCUUGACAGGAAAGAAUUAUGUAAAUGGACGGUGCUUUGCUGUUUAAAGUUGGUUAAUAGAAAGAAAGAGCACAUGAGAGUCUACAAUCUCCCUCACAAACUGUUCCGGCAAAUUCCAGGGCUUCUUGAUGAUCGAUUGAUGAACCUUGAGACCAAGUUACACUCUGCAAAAUCAAAUCUUGAUUUGGUGAAGCAAACAAAAUUAAGUCUUGUUUCGAAGAAUAGCAAGGUAAAGCAAUCUAUUGAGCUAUUGAAGUGCAGAAUAAGUGAUCAUAUGCCAGAGCUCCAGGGAAUGAACCUAAAAACUUUGGAAGAGGAGCAUCAAGCACUCCUAUCUGACAGGGCUGGAGAAACUGAGUAUAUUCUCUCUCUGCAGCUGCAAUUUCAGAAACUUAAGGUCAAGGAGCAAUCGCUUUAACCACAUUUCUUCGCAUAUUCCAUGAGCCAUUGGUCUAAAUUCAGAUUCUGCAUUACUUCGAGCCACAAUUGUUUGCUUCUUGUUGCACCAAGGGAAUUUCUUGUAUGGUUAAAUGUGCCUGUGGAAAGGAAUACAAGGUAGAAGGGGAUUGCUGUGUAUGACUGAACAGAGCAUGCUGUUGAUUCUUCAUAAUCAAAAUAGGCUGAGGAAUGAACUCUUGACAUUCUUGUGGAUAGGAA